UCUUAUUCCAUUUAAUACUCAAUUUUUUGUUCUUUCCUUUUACCUACUACUUGUAUAUACACACACGCUCACACACACUCACAUAUACACUCACUCACUCACAUAUCUUGCUUAAUUCUUCUUCCUUUAAUAUCUUCUUUUGUUUAUUUGCUUUGUUAUUGUAACUUUAUUAAAUAAAUGAAAUUAGAUAUUAAAGUUGAAACGACUGUCGCCAAGUUUGAUAGAACAAUAACAACAAAUAGUGUUACCAACAAUUUACAAUCACACUCAUUUUUACGUAACAGUCAAGAAAAAAAGAAGAUAGAGCUUGUAAAUAAUCAUCAUUAUCAACAAGAAAUAGUUCACAGUAGUAGAAUGUCUCCAACGUCACCUAGCCAUAAUCUAACCUCUAUCACGCCUCCUCCAUCUCCUUCACCUAAAAGUAAAUUAAGAUAUUCUCAAAAGACAUUAAUCAAUAGAGAAAGUCGUUCGAAUAUUGACAUCUUGGCAGAUGAUCUCAUUGAUAUGUACGAGAAAGCUCUUCAUCAAUGCAAUGCAGCUGAAAAUCGCUAUAAAAGACUUGACUUGACCAUGAAAUCGACUUUAAGUUUGCAUACCCAAACAUAUGAAACCUGUAUUCAGGAAUUGAAAGAAAAGAUUAAGCAGUUAGAAAGAGCCAAUCAUGUUUACAGAAACUCUCAUUCAUUGACAGAGAAUAGCUCAAGACUCUCUUCUUCAUUCACUGAUAAUACCUUAAGUCUCUCUUCUUCACUCACUGAUAAUAGCUUAAGCCUCUCUUCUUCACUGAAUCAUGAUCCUAUUCAACUGAAUCAUGAAAUUAAAAAAUUGAAUGAACCAAGCAGGGAUACUGCAUUAAAAGAAGAAAUAGACAUAUUAAAGGAACAAAUAAGGCUGUCCGAGCAAUCGGUACAACAAGUGAUGGCUCAUUAUAUACGCGAACUUGAACAGGAACGCGCAAAGACUAAAAAAUUAAAACAAGUGAUUGAUAAACAGGAUCUUCUGAUUGAAACGCUAGAAUCAAAAUUAUCUUCCUCUCUAAAAGGACGUGGUGAUGAGGAAGAAGAAGAAGGGAAAAGUAGUGGUAAUCACUAUCAUUUAAGCCAAUCAUCUGCAGUGAUGACUGCUAGAAAGAGUGAAAAAUUAUUAGAGGCGCAAAUUGAAAUUCAAGGUAUUGAAUUAGAAGAUAAAAAAAAUUGCUUUCGAUUUUAAUUGAUGAACGAGAUGUACUCUUGAAGAAAAUUGAACAAUUAUCAAAGGAGAACUCUCAAUUAGUGGGGAAUCAAAAUAAUAAUAAUAAUAAUAAUAAUAAUAAUAGUGUCAAGUGUCAUCAUAGUCAUGCUAGUGAGCCUACUACCUAUCAAUACAAGAAAAAGAAUCGUGGUCGUUCUUCUAUUG